AUGAAACACUUAAAUAGUUUCUGUCCCGGGAUAUCUUAUCGAUUAGGAGAUGAAGUACUGGUGCUAAUACUCCGUCGGACAGGAAUUACAGUGACCGGAUACGAAAUGCUCUUAGGGCACAUGGGCCGUAAUUUUCACACAUGCGUUAUAUAG